GCCUGAGUCACUAUACAGCGCUGGAAGCUCGAUCGCACUCCCGGCUUUCAGUGUGGGAUGUUCAGUAAAAGCAAGCCUGUUGGUAACCGUGCCGGUGUGUGCGCACACGUGUAGCUCGGCUCGGAUCGGCUCGGACCGGCUCGGCUCUGUCCCGGGAUGCCGAGACGUCACCAUCACCUGUGAGAGGCCCAGAGGGGGGUCCAUCGCGACAGCGGCCGGCGACACGUCGCACACCUGCGGCUGGAUCGAAGUCGAUGGAGCGACGCGCACCUCAACCGCACUCCGCCGAUUGCUUCACCUCCUCUCCUGGUCCACGGGGGAGCGCGCUUGUAAGCUGAUUUGACCCGGGAAUGUGAAUACCGGGAUUAGAGGGUUGUUAUUGGGUGAACGACAAUGCCCCGGGGCUCCUCAGCCCGUCACUCGCGGCUAUUGUUCGUGCAGCGGCGGACGCGCGGUGCCCGGUCUCCCCCGGUUGGUCUCCAAUAGCUGCGCAGCAUCUGCUCCCGUGCCUCCUGAGCUGCCUCGCUGUCCCGGUGUGGACCGGAGGAUAACAUGACUUCCUGUCUCCGGCUCCCUCGGUGUCUCCUGCUCGGCUGCGCGGUGCUCGCUGUCUGCGCACAAGCCUCCAGUGGUGCCGGUGACAGUGCUUGCUGGUCUCCUAGCAUCACUACAUGCACAGAGUGUCUCAGAAGUGGACCACAGUGUGCCUGGUGCUUCAAAGAGAACUUUCAGGAUGGGUUGUGGCCAGGCCAUCGCUGCGACCUGCCAGUGAACCUGCUAAGAAGAGGCUGUGGGCCGGAGCUAAUGGAACAGUCAGAGGUCAAAGUGGAGGUCAAUGCCACUGUCGGCAGCACACAAGUGUCCCCAGCCGACAUCAGCAUCACCCUCACACCAGGUUCUGAAGCCAGCUUCAUAGUGGCUGUGAAGCAGCUGGACCGUUACCCCGUGGAUCUAUAUUACCUGGUGGAUGUAUCAGCCUCUAUGCAGGAAAACCUGGAUCAUCUGAAGACAGUUGGCGUUGCUCUGUCUCUUCGUAUGACUGAGCACUCCUCGGACCUUUGGCUUGGUUUCGGCUCGUUCGUGGACAAACCCGUCUCCCCUUAUAUUAAUGUGCAUCCCUCCAAGAUCAACAACCCCUGCAGUGAUUAUGAGAUCCGCUGCCGCCCGGCCCACGGCUUCCACCACGUCCUCAGUAUGACAGGAAACAUGAGCGAGUUCACGCGCGUGAUUAAACGCCAGCGCAUCUCCGGGAACAUGGACACACCUGAGGGGGGGCUGGAUGCUAUGUUGCAAGCUGCCGUCUGCCAGCGGGCAGUAGGUUGGCGACCAGAGGCCAAGCGUCUGUUGCUCCUGAUGACGGACCAGCCAUCUCACCUGGCCCUGGACAGCCGGCUGGCAGGGAUUGUUACCCCUCACGAUGGCCUGUGUCACCUGGAGAACAACGUCUACACAGGGAGCACGAGGAUGGACCAUCCCAGCAUUGGUCAGUUGUCCGAUAAGCUGCUUGAAAACUAUAUCUACUCCAUCUUUGCUGUUGAGAAGCAGCAGUACCAGUGGUACGAGGAGUUGGUGCGUCUGCUCCCUGCUUCCUACCUGGGAAAGUUAGGCAUCUUCCAGGCUUCAAACCUAAUCGAGCUUGUGGUGGAUGCAUACAAGAGGCUUUUGUCAGAGGUCGCGGUGUCAGUGUCAGUGGAGGACGAGGCAGUCAGCAGGUACUGGGUGUCCGUGUCUCCUCUCUGUCCUAACGGGUCCACUGCCAAGGACCAGAGCUGCUCGGGGGUGCAGCCCGGCCAGACGGUUUACUUCAAUAUCACCAUCGGCCUGCGCUCGUGUCCUGAUGAUGGUGAAGAUGAAGACGUGCGAGUCAUGGUUCAACCCUUGGGUUACAAUGAAACCACUGUCAUUAGGAUUCACUCAAAAUGUCGCUGCAGUUGUGGACCAACAAUGCACUGUCAUGAAGACAACCAAUCACCAUGCACAGGCACCCAGGAGGGCGCCAAUCAGGAGCAGAGGCCAGACCACGGAGAUUCAAACUCGAAAUGCAGAGCUGAUGGGUCUGAUGUGGACUGCAGUGGUCGGGGAGAAUGUGACUGCGGGAGGUGUGUGUGUGACGAGAGCAGGCUCGGGACAGUAUACGGGAAAUACUGUGAGAGGGACGACUUCUCCUGCCCUUAUGAAGGGGGAAUUCUGUGUGGAGGACGGGGUGUGUGUGUCUCAGGUAAUUGUCUGUGUGACGACGGUUGGACUGGUGAAAGCUGCGGUUGUCUGGUCUCCACAGCAACCUGCCAAUCAGCCAAUGGCUUGCUAUGCAGCGGUCGGGGGAAAUGCGUGUGCGGCAAGUGUGUGUGUGACGACCACCGGUACUCCGGGGACUUCUGUGAGAAAUGCCCUGCUUGCCAAAUCAGCUGCCAAUCAUAUGGGAAGUGUUCGGGCUGCAGCUCUUCACAGGCUCUUACACAGAGAGAGGCGGGACCGUGCAACAACACCUGUGCAACACUGAGUGGCUACAUGGACAACACUUCAGAGUGUACGAGCAACGGCCGGUUGGUGGGAACGUUCCUCAGCGUGUGUGCACUGACGGUGCUCUGCGGGCUGGUGGUGGUGGCCGUCUCCCGCUUGCUUCUACAGAGAAAACACAGCUGGUCACCAGGGGGCACUGUUGAGGACAGAGUUUAUCACUGCACUGGAAAGGACCUGUCCUACAUUCCAACAACCAAUGAGAAGACAGUUACCUACAGGAGGGACCAACCACCUGACCGCCCUGUGGAGAUGCACAUUCAGGUUCCCAAGAUGCCUCUUGGUGACCCCUGGCAGUACUAGGCCGAGGUCAGAGGUCACGGCCAGAGGGAAGGUACAAGAGACUAGAAGAAGAGUUGGACUAAAAGACUUCUCUUCUGUCUCAGAACCUUCGUAAAACUUAACCAGCUGUAUGUGGAGACACUGAUAAUGGUUAAAAACUAUAAACUGCCCAUGGUCUCUUAGAGUGUGUGACGAACGAGGCCAGUAUUCAGGAAAUGGAGAUGAAACUUCAAGCACAAGUCCCCCGACCUCUUCUUCCUCUGUAGCAGCAGCAGCGAGGCUUCUUCUCCUUCAUUAGGUUACAGGACGAUCCUUUCGCACUUUUUUAACCACGAAUCUCGCAAUUAUUGCUCUAAUUUAUGGGCCUGUGUGUGUGUGUGUGUGUGCGUGUGCGUAUGUGUGUGUGUGUGUGUGUGUGUGUGUGUGUGUGGGAUGCUAAGAUAGAUACUUUGGUGCUCUAUCUCUGCUUUCUAUUUACAGUAAAAAACCCUACAUGUUGUAGAGGCUCAACUGUAUGACACUCCAACACCCCCAACUCUACCGUCUUCCUGUUUUAGACUGCCCCCUUGUGGCCAGAUUGAGGUACGAAAUUUCCCCUCAAAUAAUACUGUGGACACGUUCCUGACUUCUGCUGAAUUGAUUUGGGUGAUGAUGAAACUGUUACGGAAGCACACAUGUGACUCUUUGAUAAGACUCACAUGUGGUGUAUACCUGCUCUUAAAGUGUUUUUUUGUGUCCAUAUAUAUUUGGUUUUGUUAACCGAUCAACUGCAUUGAAAAUGUUUGUUAUUUUAUGGCAUUUCACUAUCAAUGUAUAUAUAUAUACGUAUGACAACAUUGUUUCAUAUGUCUGUCUGGUUAGACUUGCACUUGAACAAUUGUUUUUGCAUUAUACUACUGAAAACUGUGAGGUCUCUAAGGCGAGAGAGCCGUAAUGGCGGGUCUGAAAUGAUUUGUUUGCUAUUCUUUGGGCAUUAGAAGGCAUGCGAGUGCGUUCAAAGCUAAUGUAACACAACCACAACACUGGAAUAACAAUGGACUAAAAAUCAAUAUGUUAAAUACUGAUGGUAAGUGUAUCAUCAAAUGACUGAACAUUCAACCUCUGUAUCAGCGACAGAAACGUGUGCAUGCAUCUGCUGAUCAUCCCUAUCCAGAGCUGUAGACAUGUUCAGAGGCUGAGAGCAGCUCCUGGGCAAAGGUACAAAUCAGCCGUAAAGGUACAGAGGUGGACUUUCUCUUCUCACACUCCUCAUGCACUAGAUCCUCUGGAUCCACAAUGCCAGUUGAAUGGCAUCUUCUGAGACUUUCGCUUCCCCCAAUCCUGUUCUUUUUUAUUUAACGCAAACUUGUUUACAGCAAUAGCUGAACACUAAUUAUUAUUUAUUGUGAUUUUAUUAUUAUUUCUCUCUUUAAUUCUGAUAUGUUAUUUGUGCUAUUUUAUGACAAAGCUACUUGGGUAAUGGGUAGUGAUCCCUCUUUGUGUUUAUGAAGACUGGUCUCUCUUCCUGACCGAGAAUAAUUCAGCAAUAAGAUAAUAAUCAUCUCAUCUCAGUUUGGAGUAACAACAGCACUUUUCUGUGUAGUUUUACUGUCAAAUAAUGUGACUGUAGUUGCGUAGCAUGAAGGAUUUUGUCACAAUAAAAAUGUGCAAGAUGUUUUUUAAUAA